UGGAUUGAUCAACUUCGCGACAUGAGCCGUCAAAUGUCCGUUUGCUUUCCCGUGGCAUACGAUCCCGAAAAUCGCCCAAAAUGAUGGUAGCCGCUAGCUCCGGGUCGCCGGUGGGCUCGGGAGUGUUUGCUGCUGUGGCGCUGCUUGCCAUCUCCUUAAUCGUCCUCCUCAUCCUGCGGUACUAUCUUCCACUGCGAACCACCCCCGGCUACCUCCUGGUCCCCGUCUUCUUUGCCCUUUGGUUGCCCGCCUGCAUUGUCAUUCUCAUGCCCAUAGACCUGGCGUCGAGCGCGAGGAUUGACGACGAAGCACAAAGAGGGAUAUGGUUGCCAGACCGGGUUCUGCUGGUUUCGUGGAGGAUAACAUACUGGCUGACGUUUGUGUUGACAUGGUUUAUCUUACCGAUCCUCGCCGAGUAUUCCGACUCAGGACACCGCGAACCGAAGGACAAAGUUCUUUACGCGCUUCGCGAAAAUGCCCAAUAUCACGUCGUCGUCUUUGGCUCCGGGCUCAUUGGGUUGAUUUACGUUUUUAUUUCCUACGGCAUCUCCUUCCCGUCUCUCAAGGGUCUGGUCAUGGCCCUCGCCUACUGUUGGGGUUUGGCUCUGGCGAUAUAUCUGAUGGGACAUGGCCUGGUUGCGAUUCCCCGUCGGCUCUUCCGAAAUGCGAGCAUCAGCGGGAGGCUUCGCCGUAUCCAGGGACAGGCUCCGAGACUGUACGAAAAGUUGGAGGACGCCGAGAUGGCUCUGGAGGACGUCGAGAUACAGGUUUCCGAACUCAGUCGGAGAAAGGUUGGAAGCGCCAAAGACUUCCGGGACUGGAUUGAGGAACUUGUCGACCUGGCCAACUUGCCCGAGUCGCAUCCUCGACCGGGAACCCUUCGAGGAUCUUCGGGGGAGAGCCGGAUCCUGCCCACCGUAAUCACCGAGAAGUAUAUGGCAGACCUCACAAGGCAGCUGAUGCGCACACGGCACGCGCGCUGUCGAUACGCCGACGAAUGGGAUCGUCUUGUGCAGGAUGCUGUGGAAACGCAAGCGAUCCUGGAUUCAGCAGCCUCAAAGAGUCUUGAUUUUGGAGCAGCAUCUCCCCAUUCGGGCUUUUGGGACAGAUUCAACGCCCUCAAUCCUUAUGCACGAUACGUCCUACACUAUCACAUCAUCCCUUAUAUUCGCAUCCUUUUUGGAGUCUUCCUAAGCCUUGCCUCGGCCAGUAUUGUCUGGUCAGAGCUGGUCAAGGCCGCCCUACCUGGCCUAUCCGUUAUCCGACUCACCGUCGUGCAUCACUGGACCGGCGACAAGGGCCAGGUCGGCUUCGCGGGACAGGUCAUUGCCGCCCUGUGGCUGCUCUACAUGUGUGCCGCCGCCCUCACGUCUAUCACCGAAGUGAAGGUAUGGAGAGGGCGCGCCCUGGUUCGCCGCAACACGGCGCAUGAGUCGGCAUUCUGGUACGCCAGCCAAGUCGCGCGGCUGAGUAUCCCUCUCAGCUACAACUUCAUGACCUUCCUCUCCCCCGAGGUGUACAAGAAGACAACCUUUUUCCGCUUCCUUGGGAAGCUCAUCACCAUGACUACAGCGAGUACCUGGUUUGACUAUCUCUUCCCCGUGCUCAUCCUGGUCCCCGUCUGUGCCACCCUCUUCGGCUUCUACGGCAAGGUGAAGCGCUUCUUCGGCUUUGGCAUGGACAUCAUCGACGACGAGGAGGACAACGAGAAUGGCUAUGGCACUGGUUCCUGGCGCGAAGGCCGCGAGCUUAUCAAGCGCGAGCUGAACGGCACGCCGCUCCGUGGUCGGUCAGGCGAGACUAACGAUCGUCGUGCCGGCCCCGCUGGUGCCCGAGCAGCGCCGAUUCUUUCACUGCCUCGCGACAAUGCCGAACCGUCGGCUUCGCUAUUUGGCAGAUCUCCGAAUUCUCGGCCACUGGCAACUACCUCUGUCAGGAGGGCUGGCGCGCCAUCAUCGGUCGCGGCGUCGAGGACAUUCCCGCGGGGGGAGCCGAGAGAUCCGGAAGAUGAGAAUUUCUUCGAGGCGCUGGGCCAUCGAAUGAAGAACACGAUCGAUACCAUUGAAACGCCUAAAUGGCUUCAAGAAAUUGGACAGGGCAUCAAGACGCCGAAGUGGAUGGGAAAUAAUGAUGAGGGCGCUGGAAGCAGCAGUGGCCAGUCCGGGGACAGGGGCUCGGAUGUAAGGAGAUGGUUCGGGGGCGGAGAAGGGAGGAUAAGAUUGUAGAUGUACUGGGAAAUGGUUGGAAACGGCGUAUAUAUGGGUAACGGAGCCAUCACCUAGUGCCAUGGCUCAUGAUUACGAUGGGAGUUUGGGAAUCAAGGAUGUCUACCUAAUCUAAUAUCCCUAGAAGGAUGCUUAACAUCUGCUGCGUACAUUUGCUAUCAUGUAUCCCAGUACAUAAUACAUUCGAG